AUGGUUAGGAAUUACCCUAUCACGACGGCUCGAUCGGUGUUGUCAUCAACGCGUUUGCAAGCGGCUGAGAAGCGAGAGGAGCUGCGGCAAGUUACUGCUGAGCACUAUAGGGAUCUUAUCACGUGCACUGAGAAUGUGAAAAUGAUGCAUUUUGGUAUUAGUCGGCUUAUGGAAAAUAUGGCCCGAAUUGCUGGUGAGAGUCGUGAAUUGGCUAUUACUCGUGAUGUGGAACAAUCGAGUUUGGAGGAUGUGGAAGAAAAAUCCGUAGAAGUGACCCCAGAGCUUGAGCUCGGUAGGCAGCUCAAGAGGCUGUUGGCUAUGAUGGAGGAGGUGUGGAGGAAAAUGGAGGAGAGAGACUUUGCUGGAGCGGCUCGGUAUUACCUGGUGGACUUACCACAGCUACGUGAGCAGAUAGCCUCUCUGAGAGCUCAGUGUCCUGACACGAAGUUGCCGGUUGAAGCUUUACUACAGCAGCAGGAUAAGGCCGGGAGGGAUGUGCCCGAAACGAUAGUGCUAACGUGCCAACAA